AUGUCCAACAACCCAACACUAAUCUUCAUUCCCGGAGCAUGGCACCGCCCCGAAAUCUGGGCACAAGUAACUUCACUCCUCCAAGAACAAAACUACAAAUGCAUUCCCGUCGAACUCCCCUCCACAACCGGCGAUGCCACGAUAGGAUUCGGCGAAGACAUCACCGCCGUACGAAAUAUCAUACUAUCCGAAACCAGACAAGGACACGACGUAAUACUAAUUGUGCAUUCCUACGGCGGCGCAGUCGGUCAAAGUGCAGUGAAAGGACUCACUCAUCGCCUCCCAGAUGAUCUCUCAUCUACAGAUGAGAAACCGACUGGUCACGUAGUAGCUCUCGUCAUGAUGGCAUGUGGAUUUGCGCAAACGGGGAUCAGCUUCAUAGAUGCGAUUGGGGGGACUCCUCCACCCUUAUGGAGAUUCGACGAUAGUGGAUUUGCGAUCUUGGAACUUCCUGCUCGAGAAGCUUUCUAUCACGAUCUUCCUGUAGAAGAAGGGAAUUAUUGGGUGAGUAGGUUGAGGAAACAAUCGCAGAAGGUGUUGAACGAGGGUGGGGAGUGGGCUUAUGCCGGGUGGAUGGAUUUGCCGGUUUGGUAUUUGAUGACGAUGGAUGAUAGGACGUUUCCGGUGGAGGUGCAAGGGGCUUUUGUGAGGAUGGCGAGGGAUGCUGGGGCGGAUGUUACGGUUAGAGAGGUUGUGAGUAGUCAUUCGCCGAUGUUGAGUAGACCGGAAGAGACGGUGGAAUUUAUUGUGGAAGCGACGGGUUCACUGGCUCGUUGA